CCGGCCGCCGACUUUCCUUAUCGCUGCUCCUCGUUCCCAGCGCCGGUGUCUCUGGGUCUGAGUCGGGGUUUGCUCUGGGCGGGGUAGUCCGCUCAGCUGGGUUCUCGCCCAGUUUAUAUCUUCUCUUCCGCUAGUUUCUUCAGCUGGACUCUUCAUCACCUCUGGGUUAUUUUUAUCGUGCAGCAUGACAUCGGACUGGAAAUCAGUAGCCGCGCAAAAGAAGGCCGCCCUCGAGGCCUCCAUCCCCGCAGAAUGGCGCAUCGAGCAACUCCCCACCGACGGCUCGGUUAUGUCAUUCCCAAAGACCUCUGGGAUCCUUACGCCAGAUGAGCUUGCUAUCACCGAGUCUUCGGCGACGGAUCUAGUUCGUGAUCUGGCUAGUGGGAAAAUCACUUCUAUCGCUGUUACCACCGCGUUUUGCAAAAGAGCUGCGGUCGCGCAUCAAUUGACCAACUGCUUCCAUGAGUUCUUCCCAGAAAUCGCGCUGCGGAGAGCGAAAUAUCUGGAUGAAUACCUGGCUGAGAACAAGAAACCCAUCGGACCGUUGCACGGAUUACCCAUCUCGUUGAAGGACCAAGUUCGCAUCAAGGGUCUUGAAACAACAAUGGGCUACGUAUCCUGGAUCGGAAAGAAGGAUACUGAGGACUCGGUCCUCACGACUAUGCUGCUCAAUGCAGGCGCAGUUCUCUACGUCAAGACGUCUGUCCCACAGAGCCUUAUGGUAUGCGAAACCGUGAACAACAUCUUUGGUCGCACCACGAACCCUCGAAACAAGAACUGGUCUUGUGGAGGGAGCUCCGGUGGCGAAGGCGCGAUUGUUGGAAUUCGGGGCGGUAUUAUUGGUGUUGGAACUGAUAUCGGCGGCUCGAUCCGCGUCCCUGCGGCCUUUAACUUCCUCUACGGCCUCCGACCGAGUCACGGGCGCCUCCCCUACGCGAAGAUGGCGAACAGCAUGGAAGGGCAGGAGACUGUCCACAGUGUAUGCGGGCCACUUACGCACUCCGUGGCUGACAUGCGUCUCUUUGUUACAUCCGUCCUGUCUCAGAAGCCUUGGUCCUAUGAUUCCAAGGUUGUACCUAUCCCAUGGCGACAGGAGGAAGAGGAUGCUAUCAAGAACGAGAUAGCUUCAAGAAGUCUGACCUUGGGCUAUUUUUCGUGUGAUGGCGAGGUCCUCCCACACCCACCCAUCCUCCGAGGAGUCCAAACUGUCGUCGACAAACUCAGCGAAGCCGGACACACCGUUCUCCCCUGGGAGCCGUACAAGCACCCAUACGCGGUUGACCUGGCAAACCGCGUCUACGCCUCGGAUGGCGGAGUCGACAUCUUCGGCACCCUCAACGCCUCCGGCGAACCCGCAAUCCCCAACAUAGCCGAUUUGGUAAACCCAAACCUGCCCAAAAUGUCCAUCAACGAAGUGUGGCAAGUGCAGCUGGACAAAUGGAAUUACCAAUCCGAGUACCUGGCGAAGAUCCGUGAGUUCGAAACCAAGAUCGGCCAGGAGCUCGACGCGAUCAUCGCGCCAAUCACGCCGACGGCCGCGAUUCGGCAUAACCAGUUCAAGUACUAUGGGUAUGCGAGUGCGAUUAAUAUUCUUGAUUUUACGAGUGUCGUUGUUCCGGUUACGUUUGCGGAUAAGGGGGUUGAUAAGGUCAACGAGGGCUUUGCGCCCCUCGGGGAGAUGGAUAAGAUUGUUCAAGGGGAAUAUGAUCCCGAGGUGUAUCACGGCGCGCCGGUUGCCGUUCAGAUUAUUGGGCGACGCCUGACUGAGGAGAGGGUCAUGGCUAUUGCUGAGGAGGUUGGUCGAUUACUUGGGAAUGAAAUAACGCCAUAAGUUAUAGUUACAACUGUAUUGGAUAGAUAUUCCUCUCCAAUCCAUUGAUUUGUUCUUCUAUAUGUAGUA